AUGAGUGUCACGUGCAGCUGGAACAGUUUUUGUUGUGUUUCCGGAGGAGCAGACAACACUCCACUGAAGAUUCUAGAGCUGAAGCCAGACUCGUCUGAGGUGGAGAUUCUUAAAGAAAACUUAGAUAAAAUCAGUUCGAAGCUCCAUGACUCCGGAGCCAGUUAUGUAUCAAUUGUUGCUGUCAUGGGGACGUACCGAACGGGUAAAAGUUUUCUUCUCGACCUGCUGGCUCGCUACUUGAAGAAGCAAGCAGCAAAAGAAGCUGCAAAGGAAAGGGCAUUGGAGAAGGCGAGACUUGACGCUUUGACUCAAGCCGGCGGUGAUUAUCAGAGAUAUGUUGAUCAGUAUGCGGGCGACUACGAAAAGUACGUUGGAGGGGGUGGAUCUGCAGGUGGCGCUGGCUACCAAAAGUACUACCAGAAGUACAUGGACCAGUACGGUGAUUACACCAAGUACAUGAACGGAGGACAAGCCGGCGGGAAUGGAUACGAGCAGUUCAUGAGCCAGUAUGCUGGCAAGUAUAUGUCUGACAAGUCUGCAGACAAGCCUCCAAGCGGGCCUAGUGGAGUGAGCUUCGCAGCCACUCCCACAGCGCAGGAUGCAGAUGGCAGCAAAGCAUCCUUUGCAGACUUUCAGAAAUAUGUGCAGGGAGCUCAUGGUAGCGAUUAUGCUCAGUACAUGAACCAGCACGCACAGGGCACUCAGGGUGCAGGACCUGGAGGCUUCGGAAAGUUCAUGGACCAGUAUGCAGCUGACUACCAGAAAUAUGCUCAGUCCCAUGGCUCUCAGUACUCGCAGGGACAAGGAUCCCAAGGCUCUUUCACGAAGUACAUGGACCAGUACGCAGCAGGACAUGGUGCGUCUGGAGGGGAUUUCUCGCAGUACAUGAACAAGUACGCAGGUGACUACACACAACAAGCUUCUGGAGGCGGAAGCGACUUUCAGCAGUACAUGGACUACCAAAAAUACCUACAUGGCCAGGGUGGUGACUACUCCAAGUUCAUGAAUCAGUAUGCUGGGGACUAUUCGAAGUACAUGGGACAAGGCUCUUCCAGUGGAGAUUACUCCAAGUUCAUGAGCGAUUACGCAAACUACCAGCAGUACUUGAAGCAAGGCGGUUCAUCUGCAGGCGACUUCUCGAAAUACAUGCAGCAGUAUGCAGGUGACUACCAGAAGUACCUUCAGGGACAAGCUUCUCAAGGUGGUGGAAGCAAUUACCAGAAGUACAUGGACUUCAAGUCGUACAUGAACGGGCAGGGAGGAGAUUUCUCACAGUACAUGGACAAGUAUGCCUCAGGCAUGUCAAACAUGGCGCAGGGCUCUGGUGAUGCUGAUGGCUACAAGAAGUACAUGGACUUUCACAAGUACAUGCAGGGGACCUCCAACAGCGGGGAUUUCUCUCAGUACAUGUCGAAGUAUGCGGCUGACUACCAGAAGUUUAUGCAAGGCCAAGGCCAGACUUCGCAAGGCUAUGGCCAUAGCCAGAGCAAUGGUGAUCAUCAGAGUCAGUAUGGAUAUGGAUCUUUCCAGAAAAGCAGUGGGAAUGCGACUAAAGGGGCUGCAGCGCCAUCCUUGUUCGUAGCUGAAUCUUCACAGAAGCCAUCGGACUUCAAAGGGUACAUGGGAAAAUACGCAGCAGACUACCAGCACUACCUGGAGAGUCAAGGCAAGGCUGUGCCACAGGGCUUCCAGAAUUUUAUGGGAAAUUAUUCGGAUUCCUUCCACAAGUACAUGGAUGCCCGAGGAAGCGAAGCUGCUGGAGACUUUGGCAAGUACUUCAGUGAGUACCAAAAGUUUGAGCAGAACAAGGGAAAGCAUGCAUCAGCUGAUUUCAAGCACUACAUGCAGGGUUAUGCGGAUGACUAUGCCAAGUAUCUGCAAGAGCGCGGAGAGUCUGCCGCAAGCAGUCAACAGAGCAAGUCUGGCAACUACCAGAAGUACAUCGCCCAAUAUGCUGGCAACUACCAGAAGUACAUGCAGGAUAAGCCCUCUGCAUCUGCAUCCAGCCCGCCAACCUUCCUUGCUGCCUCGGGCGCAUCCAACGCUCAGUGCAGCCUCCUCGCAGCAGGCCCGGAUGCCAACGUUGCCAAGUCUAAGCUGACCUUGUGCGCGCAAGAUUUUGAGCCAGGCUGCAAGGAUGUCCCCGUUGAAGAGGUGGGAAGGAAGAUCAAGCCUUUGGUGGAUCUUCUGAAAGCCGGUGGCGGCGUUGCCAAAGCUCCAGAUGCAGUCCAGAACAAGGACUUCCUCAGAGAGCUUGACGAGACCUUCCCUGAGCUGGGCAUCUACAAGCAGGGCCGAAUUCAGACAAGUCCUGGUGUGGAGGAAAUUUCUGGGAGCCCAACGGAGUAUUAUCGGACCGUUGGGGCCAUCAUUGCGCUCUUGUCCUGCUAUUCCUCCUUCAUGGAGGAAGAUUUUGGCCUGGAGUGUGUUUCUGCCGGUGAACGGGGUCCGAUGAGCAUGGACAAGGUGCCAGGAAAGUUCAUCAACAUGGGCAACAAGAAAGACGACUACAAACAGUUCUGCCAGAAGUUUGCAGCUCAUAUGACCUGCGAAGACGACUGGUGGGGCAUGCUGGUCUUCCUUGUGGUGCACGACGUCGGCAAAAAUGAUGGCUUCAGGAAGGUGGUCAAUGAUUCCCUGCCGUUCGACAUGCGCUCAGAUGACCACGAUCGGUGUCUUGCGUGUGCUCUGGCGGACCCGGAGCUGAAGAGGAUCUCCUUUGGCUUGCCAGCCACAUUGAGGAAGUACGGAGAGAUAGCGUGCAUCAACUUCAAGGGUCUGCUGGACUUGGACCGGAAGCACUUGAUGAACGGCACCCUCCACUACUAUUUCUACCAUUCCAUUUUUGAUAUUGCAGGGGCGGCCUGCAACGAGAAGUUCAUCUUCCCAAUCGCGAUACAGCCUGUGUACAUGGGCUUCACAGCCGCCAUGGACGAUCUGAUCGCCAAGCUUGUGGAUAAUCCCAAAAUUGACGAUCGGACCUUGUAUUUCAAUUUCUUGUACACCAAUUUUAAGAAGGCGUAUCCCGACUUUGAGGUGAAAUUUGCCACCAUGUGCGAAAGCAAGGUGUUUUGCCACGAGACUGGCCUGGCGGUCCUGCGCGUGUUGGCGCUGACCAGAAACACUUACAAGAACCCCGAGAAGGUUUCGGAGUUGUUGCUGGAUGAGUACCACCCUUUGGUGCAGGAGCUGGCGGGAAGUCCUGUUGGUCCACAAAUCAUGCUGUACUAUGGUCCUGACAUGCUCAGGAUGGGGCUGGGCGAAGACAUGGCGGAUGCGUCAGGCGAGAAUAUGGCUGCUGCUUUGAGCGCGAUAGAUCUGGUGUACAGGACUGCCAGAAGAACCUUGAUCCUGGCAAAAAGUGGCGACUACCAGUACCAGCUGAAUGUUUCGCCAAUUGUCCAGGCCAUCAAGAAGGCACAAUUCCUGGUUGCUGCCUAUCGGAGCUCUGUGCUUGAAUCCGCCACAGAGCAGGAGAGCCUUCGUGCGGAGCUGCAGGCCGAGAAGGACCGGCUGGCGACUGAGCUAAAGAUGGAGCAUGCGCAGCGGCAGAAAGAGAAGGAACACCUUCGUGCUGAGCUGCAGGCUGAACAACAGCAAGAGCAAAGUCAGCAAAGCCAGGCACACCAGGCUCAGCCCGCUGUCUUAGCGCAAAAGGUGGGGACCUCGCACUACAAAACGUCUGUGCCUCUUCUGGGCAAGCGCCUCGAGGCUGACUCCGACAUCUUGGUGGAUUCCUCAGAAGAGGGCAUUGGGAAGGGAUCCUCCCCUGGCAGCUGUUUGAAUGUCCAAGUUUGUGAUAGCUACGGAGUUGUCAACCUUCCAGAACGGAAGGGUGGACGGCCCUUUCAAUCCUUUGAAGAGACGCCGCUUCUUCAUCACACCUGGCUUUUGCAGAAGAACUGGGUGCUUUGUGAAGAGAUCCGAGAUGCCUGGACGCUCAAGGCCACGCUGGGGCUAAAGUCCCUUUGUUGGAGCGAGCCGGUGGUUGCACAAGCCGAUGAUAGUUGGCGUUUCGGAGAGGAAGAUCGGAAGAAAAACAAGCCACCGGAGUGGGUACUAGAAGGUGAUCCUUCCCGCAUCCACGAGGGGUCGAAACUGGACGAAGUAAACACCGGGUUCGCCUGGCGGCCUGGGAAAGACAAGUGCACGCAGGGCAUUUGGCUUUGGAGCCACCCUUUCGUCUUCAGAGAUCAGGAUGGCCGAAAGAUUGCCGUUCUCCUCAUGGACACACAAGGCGCUUGGGAUGAUACCAUGACCAAGGCACAAAGUGCCACCAUCUUCGGCUUGACAGCCCUCCUUUCAUCCAAGCUGAUAUACAAUAUCCAGAACCGCGUGGAGGAAGACAAGUUAGAGAACAUGGAUUACAUCACUACUUUCGCGCAGACUGUUUGCAGUGACCUUCCAGGCAAAGAUGCGCCGUUUGGACACCUGGAGCUACUAGUGCGCGAUUGGGUGAACUAUGAGGAUGGAUUCAGCAUCAGCGAGUGCAAGGACCAAAUGCGGGAGCACUUAGAUGAUCACCUCAGUGCCGAGAAGGUGCCAGAGGAUGCCAAGCCGCGGGUCGAGCGGCUGAAAUCCACUUUUCGAAGCAUAGCUGCCUGGGGACUGCCUCACCCUGGCCUCAAGGUGACAAAGCCCACCUACACCGGAGAGAUAGAGGUCAUCGAUAGCGAUUUCCUGUAUUUGUUGGACAAGUUUAGCGAAGACUUUUUCGGAAGUGGAAAGUUUCCACAGCCAUCAGCUCCUUUGGGCUGCGAAAUCACCACGACAGGUUUCCAGCAGGUUGUCAUGAACUUUGCCAAGGCGUUCAAAGAAAAUGCGCAAGACAUGGCAAUUGGACUGCGGGAAGCUUUCGUGAAGGUUGAGACAGUGUCCGUCAGAGAAGAUUUGCACAAACGCUUCAGGGAGUCACUCAAGAAGCUGGCACCGGAAUCCAGCGUUCUUGAUCCCCAGCAGCUCAGACACAAUCUGGAUGGGCUGCUGUCCAGAAUCGUGGAAGAGUUUAAGCUAAAGCUGAAGCCGUGGCGAAUGCCAGCCCCUGACGAAGAGCAGGUUAUCACAGAUUUUGAGCAGGUGCUUACAGAGGCUGUGCAGCAGAGAAUCCUGGUGAAUGACCAGCAGGUUGAAGGUGGUACGCUGAAGCUAUUGGCUUCGCCAGUGGUUGGCACCGGCGGCUACUUUCUUCUGGCUCACCACAUCUUGCUCUAUGUGGUUGUGGGGGGAGCAAUCUACUUCGAUGCCAACAAGCACGCUCAACGAGAAUCCGUGGAGCUCUAUAACGUCAAGGUCCUCUCCUACGUCUGGGAAGAUGUGCAGAAAUGGAGCGUCCAACGGUGGAAGGACAUCAGACCUAUAUGA